CGUCAAUUGUGUCAAGACAAAAUCUGGCUUGCAGAAAUCCUUACUCCAGUCUCUCCGGCAGAGCGGACUAUUUUUGUCAUCGUUUCAGGGCCUCUUUGGAGGGUUUGAACCAACGCUCGAAUGGCAAGAUGCCGACAAUUCGCGACAACGCUUUCCGCUGAGCAAUACCACGGCACCCUCCUACCACAGUUGUCUCUCAGUUCCACUUUCUGCACCGUCUGCCUGAAGGCUGAUGAAUGGCACCCAAGCUCUAGCCGGAACAUUUCGACCGCACAGCGCCAUCUACAACUCAGAUCUCCGACAUCUCGCAUCAGAUGCGCAACGGGAACUGGGGCCGCGACACGAUGCACCGUUCGAUAAGGAGCCUAGAAAAACAGGACGCGCUAGCAUCAAGCCAAAGCAAUUGGGUGGCUGUCGAUUGUUCUUCGUUGUGGGUGCUAUUCUCAGUGUGGGUUGUCCCCCCGUCUUCAGGAAUCGUCCAGAUGCGGCCGAGGUUAAGAGGACUGUGGCUGUGUCAUCAGAUUCUUUGAUUAGCAGCACCCUGAAACAAUGCUGUGCCACCUGGUUUGGCAACCCUGCGGCUGGACCGUUGGGAGCUGAACCGUCUUUGAAGAGUUCCGGCCCGGGCAAAGGCCGUUCCUUUUCGGGCCUGUGGAAUGCCCGGAGCGAGUCAGCUCCUGGGUGGUAACACACACACAGCCUUGCGCCGAUUCGAGUAAAGCCCCAUGCAGGCUUCAACUGCCUUGUUGGAGAGCGUCCAAAGACUCCAUCUUAAUGAGGUACGUAUGCAGGGCCCUGCCGACAUUGGUUUUAAACCAUGCCACUACCG